AUGGGGUAUCCAAGCCUCCGAACUAACAAACAUGAAAAUAAAACUGGGUACAGACUAAUUUAUCUGAGAUGGCUGUGCCACUGUUUCGUCCCGCAGUUUUGCUUCACUUUGACCUACAGCAAGCCAUCAACGGUUUUCGGUAAAAAUUUCCUAUUGGCUGUGCUCCCGGAACUGAAAAAAGGUUUGAUUGAUAGGAUAAAUCAACAGAACACCAGCAUUCUUGGACUAGACAAGAAACAGCACAUUAUCCAACCACUUUUAAAGUUGUUCUCCAAUCUUGAGGAUGAAAUGCAAAAUCCAACCAGCCAGAUUUGGGAUUCACAUUUCCCUUCACUGACAUCAUUUACAAGCGGCUGGGUUGGGCCACCUAGUACUCUGUCCCCCGCGUUUGCAUGUCUCCAUCAUCACACAGCGUCAUCUAAUGGUCCACCAGAAACGCUGACAACAGUACUUCAUGAAACUCCCAGUGUUUCACCUUAUCCAACCUCUGCUAUGAAAUCCUGCACUUUGUAUGGACCACGUAGAUCCAGUGUGCGUCUUCGGAAGCAGUCUAUGCCAGAUUACAGACUGGGAUCACACUCCUCAAAGCUAAUCGGAAGUGAAUCUUUUUCAAAACGAUCAAAAGUAAACGCCGUGGUAGAAUCCCCUCAACAGCAGCAGCAGCAGCCUGAGUUGGCCGGCUCCGGCGACAUCAGCCCACUUGAACUUGAGCAAGUUUUGCAUGAGGUGAAAAACCACAGCCUUACCGGCAGAGAACUUCUGCCCUUCCAUACAUUCCAUUCACUCAACGCGACCCGAGACGCCGCAGCUCGCCAAGAGGAAUCCACUGGCAGCAUCGAAUUCCACAUUGUUAACAACAGUCUGAAUAACAACCAACCCCCGGAAACACACAUAUGGCUACUUGAACUGCUCAAUGUGUUCGCACUGCAGCUUCCUCGGAUGCCGAAAGAGUAUAUCGCCAGGCUUGUUUUUGAUCCCAAACACAAAAACUUAGUUUUGCUCAAAGUCUCCGAGUCGGGCGAAAAACAUGCGAUCGGCGGAAUCUCAUUUCGUAUGUUUCCUCCGCAGGGCUUUACAGAAAUCGUCUUUUGUGCUGUCAUCUUCAAUGAACAAGUUAAAGGCUAUGGAACGCAAAUGAUGAAUCAUUUGAAGGAUUAUCAUGUCCAACAUGGGAUAUUUCACUUUCUUACUUACGCAGAUUCCUUUGCUACGGGUUAUUUCCGUAAGCAAGGCUUUUCUCGCGAAAUUCGUUUGUCGCGACAAGCCUAUCAAGGAUACAUUAAAGAGUACGAGGGUGCCACUCUGAUGGGAUGUGAGCUAUAUUCAAACAUCGUUUAUACUAACUUUUCACAAGUCAUCGCUCUUCAGAAACAAGUCAUUAACCGGCUGAUCAAACGAAGACAGGAGUCACUGGGCAGAUCAUUCCCAGGCUUGCCAGCCAAAUUAUUCCGCAAUGGCCCAUUGCAACUGAACCAGAUACCUGGGCUUAUUGAGGCUGGGUGUACCUUCGCAAACUGGCCAAAGACGUUGAGAACACUUUCCUCUUCUAAAAUGACGCGUAUUGCGAGUGACAGCAAAACCUCCGGUACUGAUAUAAUACAAGAACCCGCAGAAAUAUCUUCCAGAGAUGCCACAGACAGCUGUCCGAAAGGGAUCACCACAACGGCAGCAGCUACUGAGUCAAUAGGUCCUAUAAGAAAACUACGUCGACGGUCUAUUCAAUCAGUCGACAAUUUCACCUCUGUUAACGUAGGUGGUAAACGACAUUCCAACUAUCCUCGACGCAGUUCUGCUUCGUGUAGAUUUGCCACUUCGGUUCCAAGUGAGGCGAAAGCAGAAAGAGCUGUUUCUCAUGAAGUUAAUCAAUUGGCCAACCAGCUCCGACCAGUCCUAAUAGCUCUGCGGAAUCAUGCAUUGGCAGCCCCGUUCCAGCAUCCGGUUACCACAGCAGAAGCGCCCGAUUAUUACGAUGUUAUUUUAUUCCCAAUCGAUCUUGGUACCAUUUGCGAUCGCCUCAAAUCACGGUAUUACACAACCAAAGCCCUGUUCAUUGCUGACGUGAUGCGGAUGUUUCACAACUGCCGUACUUACAAUCAACCUGAAUCCCAUCUGUUUCGCACGGCAAACACAUUGGAACGGUUUUUUAUCAGUCGAAUGAAAGAUGCCGAUUUAUGGCCAUGA